AUGUGGGUGAGACAUGAGACUUUUAGGGGCGAGAUUGCCAGAAUCUGGGAGGCAGAGACAAGAUACAAUGGCAUGAUGAACCUCCAGCUCAAGCUUAUCAGGACCAAGAAGUUCUUAAAGGUUUGGAACAGAGAGGUAUUUGGAAACAUCAUCCAGAACCUAAAGGAUGCAGAGCAGGCAGUUCUUGAGGCACAGAUUCUAUAUGAUACUGACCCGACCCCUGCACAUAGAGCCGAAUUCAGUAGAGUGUCUGCAGAGCUCAUCAUCACGGCCAAGAUGGAGGAAGAAUUUUGGAGGCAAAAGGCGGCGAUUAGAUGGGCUGCUGAUGGGGAAAGGAACUCCAAAUUCUUUCACGGAUGGGUCAGACAGAAGAGAGUUAAGUCGAGGAUACAUACGGUCGAGUUUGGGGGACAGGCACUGACGGAAGAGACAGAGAUCAGGGAGUCGGCGACAGCCUUCUUUCAGCAACUUCUGACAUCGGAUUCAUGCUGGGACACCGUGGGGAGGGAUGUGAUUGCAGCUGUGGGAGACUUCUUCAGUGGGGCGUUUAUUCCCCGAAGCUUCACGGCGACCAUGAUCGUCCUCGUCCCAAAGAAGCCUAACCCGGUCACGUGGAGAGAUUUUAGACUGAUCAGCCUCUGCAAUGUUACGAACAAGAUCAUCACAAAGAUCCUUUCUUCGAGACUUGCACCUCUACUACCCCUAGUCGUUGCACCGAAUCAGAGUGGGUUCAUCAAGGGUCGUCUGCUUAGCGACAAUGCUCUUCUAGCUCAAGAGUUGAUACAUGACCUGGGAAGGAGCUCUCGAGUAGAGUGA